UGUGCAGAGAUGUCAAACUCAACAGCGACAGACUGGAAACUUAGCGAUAAUACCAUAAUCCACCCACGGUGAAAAUACGCCCUUAUUAACGUAUUAUUUAUUUUUAUCUAUUUUUCAACUAUGGGAACUAAACCUAAACUAGGAAAUAUAUCUGUUGGUGCAUUGUUGAGUGGGAGUAUUCUCUGUUUUCAGACGGUGUUUGGUGACUGAAAACAGUUAGCUGGACUCUUGACAUUCCGUGGACUGGAAAAAUGUGAUUCAGGAAAUUCAGGCGUCGUUUCGCUCGUCCGGUUGUUUACAGGUUUUUCGGUCGAUACUUUUACACAAAUAAAGUACACUUUGGGUCGUCGUUGUCUUGGGAUCAAACAAAAUUGCGAGUGGACAGUGACACGUAGCGCGCUAGGCUAAAUUAGCAUUUAACGGGUGAUUUGUUGUUCAGAAACUUCAACAUAAGACUCUGUAGAUCACUACAUACACAACACAAAAACGUUCAUGCGUGAGUGAAUCCAAAUGAGCCACAAUUGUCGGUCAAUGUAGUUUAGAUUUGCCUGACUUCAGAUCAGUUAACUUACGGUUCUUAUGGGAUGUAAAUAAUAUGCUGUAAGUGAAACGAUGAUGGCUCGGGAGAAUGGACGUUUGUCAUCAGAUGACACUAUGAGUGUGAGGACUCUGGGAAGUCAGUUUGAUGAGGAGAGCUCUUUUGGAUCGGACUCUGAGAUCGAUGGAUUUACCAGCUCAAGAAAUACUGACAGAUAUGGAUUUAUCGGAGGAGCCCAGAAGUACUCACCCGAAUCGGCUCAAGAUGUUCCUCUGGAGGUGUUAAGACACAGAGAAUUAAAAUGGUUGGACAUGCUGAACCACUGGGACAAAUGGAUCAGUAAAAGGUUCAAAAAGGUCAGACUGCGAUGUCAGAAAGGAAUCCCACCAUCAUUACGGGGCAGGGCAUGGCUCUACCUAUCAGGUGGAAAAGUGAAGCGGGAACAAAACGUUGGGAAGUUUAAGGAGCUGGAUGACAUGGAAGGAGACCCUAAAUGGGUUGAUGUGAUCGAGAGAGACCUGCACAGACAAUUCCCAUUUCAUGAGAUGUUCGUGUCACGAGGAGGUCACGGGCAACAGGAUCUCUUCCGGGUGUUAAAGGCUUACACCCUAUACAGGCCAGAGGAGGGUUACUGCCAAGCUCAGGCUCCUAUAGCAGCAGUGCUGCUGAUGCACAUGCCAGCAGAGGAUGCAUUUUGGGGUCUGGUUCAGAUUUGUGAGAAGUAUCUGCCUGGAUAUUACAGCACAGGCCUGGAGGCAAUUCAGUUGGAUGGGGAAAUCCUGAAUGCACUACUGAAGCGUGUGAGCCCUGUGGCGUAUCGGCAUCUUGACAAGCACAAGAUAGAGCCCAUCCUGUACAUGACAGAGUGGUUCAUGUGCGCUUUUUCCAGAACUCUACCCUGGGCCUCUGUGCUAAGAGUGUGGGACAUGUUCCUGUGCGAUGGAGUUAAAAUAAUUUUCCGUGUUGGGUUGGUGCUGCUGAAGUGCAUGGUGGGAACUCGUGACAAACUGAAGGCUUGUGCUGGUCAAUACGAGACUAUGGAGCUUCUCAGAGCACUGGAGCCACGAUACUUGCAGGAGGGCUUUCUCGUACAACAGGUGUUGGAGCUGCCCAUAUCUGCUCGGGACGUCGAGCGAGAGCACCGCAUACAGCUCAAGCGCUGGCGAAAAACUCACGGCGAGCUCAGCUACAAGUCCGCACCCAGAAUGCACGGCGCGCACGCCAUCAUGGCCGCUGAGCCACACACCCGGCAAGACCUUCGUCAGAACCCCACCAUCAUCGUUCAGAAUCCCGUGAUGCUGGACUCGGAUCCUGAAUUCAGUCGCAAAAAGAGAGGCACCAUCCGAAAAGCCCCAAUACCUCAUGUAGACGUCCCUAACCCAUAUGCUUUACCUACAGACCUCAAACCAGCCCCUAUGAAUAUUGAGCCGGAGAAACAAGACCAUCUCAUGCAAGCACCACCCAUCAAUCUACCAAAUAUGCAACCAUCUCCAUCACAACAGCGCUCUUUACUCACUACACAAGAGAAGACGCCCGAGAAACAAGACCAUCUCAAACAAAUACCACCAUUCAACAAUAUACCAAAUAUGGAACCAUCUCCAUCACAACAACGUUUCUUACUAACUACACAAGAGAAGACGCCUGAAAAGCAAGAUCAUCUCAAGCAAACACCACCAUCCAACAAUCUACCAAAUAUGCAACCAUCUCCAUCACAACAACCUUUCUUACCUACUACACAAGAGAAGACGCCCGAGAAGCAAGACCAUCUCAUGCAAACACCACCCAUCAAUCUACCAAAUAUGCCACCAUCUCCAUCACAACAACGUUUCUUACUAACUACACAAGAGAAGACGCCUGAAAAGCAAGAUCAUCUCAAGCAAACACCACCAUCCAACAAUCUACCAAAUAUGCAACCAUCUCCAUCACAACAACCUUUCUUACCUACUACACAAGAGAAGACGCCCGAGAAGCAAGACCAUCUCAUGCAAACACCACCCAUCAAUCUACCAAAUAUGCAACCAUCUCCAUCACAACAGCGGUCUUUAAUCACUACACAAGAGAAGACGCCCGAGAAACAAGACCAUCUCCAGCAAAUACCACCAUUCAACAGUAUACCAAAUAUUCCACCUUCUCCAUCACAACAACGUUUCUUACUUACUACACAAGAGAAGACGCCCGAGAAACAAGACCAUCUCCCGCAAAUACCACCAUCCAACAAUCUACCAAAUAUCCAACCUUCUCCAUCACAACAGCGCUUCUUACUCCCUACACAAGAGAAGACCCCCGAGAAGCAAGACCAUCUCCAGCAAUCACCAUCAAACAAUCUACACAAAAAACAGCCUUCUCCAUCACUACAACGCUUUUUACUCACUACACCGGAGAGCAUGUUAGCCGAGAAGAUAGUACCUCCCCCCGCCCCAACUGUGCCUGCUCCUAUCCCAACCCCUUAUCCAUCCCAGCCACCACAACAUCAAACCCCUCCAAGAGUCUCUCGCACACCACCGCCACCACUUCCCAAACCCUCACCAGACCCCAAAUCUACAAACCCAGCUGAGCUCCUUCAACGCUUCAAUCAUGCACUAGCUGCAGAGCUGCCUCCCCCCAAAGACCCCACACCAGCAACAAAUACAAACAACUCUGCCCACCCAAUAAACUCAACUUUGAUUCUUCCAAACAUCAAACCUGCGAAUGGGAAAUCCAUUCCCGUUGCUCCCAGAGUUCUCGGUUUAAGUCUCUCCUGUGAGAGCGUGGGUUCAGAGGAUACAUACCUGUAGCUUUCACGUUAUAGUCGACAGGGAUAAUGCAGCAUUGGGAACCAGUAAAAGCUUUAUGGCGUAAACAGGAUGGAGGAAAUUAUUAUAAUUUUUAGGAAUUAUUGAUUUUGGUGAGAUUGAGAAUUUGGGGUUGACGGAUGCAGUUUUUACCCCACUACAAAAGUCUAUGAUUUGUGCAUGGACCUCACCCAAAUAUCUGCAUUGAAGACUUUGGGAAUCUUAAAGGACAUAAGCAAGUGAUCGAUUUUUCAGUUUUGUUGAAUUCUGCUUGAUGGGCCGUGCAGCUUAAUCUCCACAUAACAUCCUGGAUAAGAUCGGAGAUGUGCUGAAUAAAAUGUCUAAAUCUCCAGUGUUCAAUCAUAAUCAAUCAGAAUUUAUAAUUCAUUAUAGUAUCUCAGUUACAGUAUUAUUUGUCGCUUAACAAUAUUAAGUCGUUAUGUUGCAAUAGUUCUGAUAAUAAAAAUAUAUAUGACUCGCAAAUCUAACAGUCUUACAUUUUUAACUACAUUUUUACCACUAUUAUAGACGGUGACAUUUAUUUUUGUUGUGAACGCAGCCUCAAUUUUAACACAUGAUAAAGAAGCGUUGCAGUAUAGUUCAGUAAAUGUAACUGAUGAUGACUGAUGAGAAGCAAAUGUGAUAGGAAAAUAUUAAAAGAGACAAACAUAUGUCAUAUUUGAUGGCAUUUAAGGUUGAUAAAGUGUAAUGGACAUGAUGUUGAAAAGUGGUGCAGUAUGACAACAUGUUAUUAUUUUGUAGCCAAUGUGGGAGAAAUUAAGGACUGUAAAGGUAUUUCAUCUCAAGCCACCAGAUGGUGUGCUUUCAUUACAAAUGAUCCAUUUCAGUUUUUGACCACCAUCUGAAAAGUUGUGUUACAUUUGGGACUUUGCAUACAUUUAUUAUUUGUACAAAACAGACAUCAUCUGAGAAGAGUGGUGUGUUACAUAGAUAACUAAAACAGUGCUUUGUUCGAUCAAGAAGUUGUGAUCGAAUGUUAUAGGGAGUCGUAUUUUUUUAAUAAUAGCUUGGAACGUUCAAGUUUGUAAGAUUUUCAGUUUAUCUACUUUUCUUUGAAAUUAUGGGAGCAGUGUUUCAGUUAAUUGUGCUUGAAUUGACUUUGGCAAAAACUUCAGUUUGAAUGUUUAAUAUAUAACCAACAACUGACUGUUGCAUUAUGUAGAUUUUGUACAAAUAAAAAAGCACUUAUAAUCAGA